AUGUAUCUAAUUUACCGUUUUUGGAACUGGGCGUUCUCGAGUCCGGAUUGUGCAGGUGCUAUAUAUAGGAAGCUUGGGGCGCAAUAUUUCCAACGCCACCGCGAAUCCAUGAGAUCUCCACUAGUUUCGCACGCUCUGUUGGGCAGCCUUGUGUCGGGGCUUGCCGCCGCUGUCACAGGAACCAGCAGCGCGUCCUUAGCGACUGCCACCUGCAACCCGCUCAAAAACACAGGCUGUCCCGCUGACACGGCGUUGGCAGGAUCGAUUUCCGAGGAUUUCAAGUCCCCCAGCGAGCACUUCUCUGUCUAUUCCACCCCAGACCAGAUUUUCUAUAGCGACGACGGCCUGCAACUCACAUUGGCCAAAAGAUUCGACAACCCUGCGCUCAGAUCCAACUUUUACCUCAUGUUUGGGAAAGUGGAGGUCCUUCUAAAGGCAGCGAACGGAACAGGAAUCAUUUCGUCCUUCUAUCUUCAGUCCGACGACCUCGACGAGAUCGAUCUGGAGUGGUUUGGAGGUGACGGCUACGAGGUCCAAACCAAUUACUUCUCCAAGGGAAACACAGCUACGUACGACAGAGGCGGAUAUCACAACAUGGAAGACCCAAGAGCUGCUUUCCACAACUACACAAUCGACUGGACAGCAGAGGCUCUGACGUGGUACGUCGACGGAAAGGCUAUCAGAACACUUACCAAUGACUCGUCCCAGGGCUAUCCGCAGAGCCCUAUGUACUUGAUGAUGGGAAUUUGGGCUGGAGGAGACAGCACAAAUGCUCAGGGGACGAUCGAAUGGGCUGGUGGACUAACAAACUAUGAUGACGCUCCGUUCUCGAUGUACAUUAAGAAACUGGUUGCUGUUGACUACUCGAGCGGCUCAGAGUACCGUUACGAGGACACCAGUGGUGAAUGGACGUCGAUCGAGGCAGUUGGCGGACAAGUUAAUGGCCGUAUCGGCUUGGCUGAGGAGGAGUUUGACGUUCUGGUUGCCGGAGGAAACUUAGACUCUGAGGUCUUUAAGUCCCAAACGGCCAGCUCCAGCAGCAAUGUUGCCACUUCAAGCCACUAUGUGUAUCAGUCCUCCACAAAGGCCGCAGGCAGCUCAUACAAUCCAACUGCCACUACAUCUGGUUCGCAUGACUCCGUCUCCACUAGUAAAAGGUCCAUCACCUCAGACAGAGCUGCCUACCAGAGCUCUACGACUCUCGAGACUUUGGCCAGUUCCUCCGCGACCGUUUCUAGCAACUCCUCGCUGCAAUCGAUUUCGUCCACGAGCGGCUCGGGAUCAGGCCAUCGUUUCAACAGCCUGAGCGUUUUUGCGUCUUUUGCGUCUACUAUACUGUUUGGAUUGGCACUGAUCUAG